CGCGGGGCGGGGACGCGGCGACGCCGGCGCCAGCGGGUCCCGUGACCGUGCGCCCCGCCUGGAACCGCCGCGGUCAUGCAGUCUCCGGCGGUGCUCGUCACCUCCAGGCGAGUUCAGAAUGUCCACACAGGCCUCGACCUGACCGUGCCCCAGCACCAGGAGGUGCGGGGCAAGAUGAUGUCAGGCCACGUGGAGUACCAGAUCCUGGUGGUAACCCGGCUGGCUGCGUUCAAGUCGGCUAAGCACAGGCCCGAGGAUGUUGUCCAGUUCUUGGUCUCCAAAAAGUACAGCGAGAUCGAGGAGUUCUACCAGAAACUGAGCAGUCAUUACCCCGCGGCCAGCCUUCCCCCACUCCCCAGGAAGGUCCUGUUCGUUGGGGAGUCUGACAUCCGGGAAAGGAGAGUCCUGUUCAAUGAGAUUCUGCGCUGUGUCUCAAAGGACGCCGAGUUGGCAGGAAGCCCAGAGCUGCUAGAAUUCUUAGGCACCAGAUCCCCGGGGGCUGCGGACCUCACCAGCAGAGAUGUCUCUGUCCUAGAGGCACACAACCAGGCCCGGGACGACGGGGAGGCUUUUGACUUCUUCAAGCAGCAGGACCAAGCGGAGGAUGAGGGUCUACCCAUCCCAGGCCUGCAGGGUCAGGAUGCAGGGAAAUCCUCUGAGGAGGAAGAGGAAGAGGCACUGGACCCUCUGGGCAUCAUGCGCUCCAAGAAGCCCAAGAAACGCCCAGAAGUAGCCAUGAAGCCCAAACCCUCACCCCGACUCACCAUCUUUGAUGAGGAGGUGGACCCUGAGGAGGGGCUCUUUGGCCCAGCUCCGAAGCUCUCCUCCCCCAAGGGCCCCGCAGAGGACAUGCCCCUCAAGGACCCCCUGAAGUUGUUUGAAGAUCCUGAUCUCGGCGGCGCUGUCCCCCUGGGUGACCCCUUACUGCUGCCUGCUGCCCAUAGGAGUGGAGGGCCCAUGCCCCACCCGGAGCUAUUCAGAGUUGAAGAAGACUUGGACCAGAUUCUGAACCUGGGGGCUGAGCCCAAGGCCCAGCCUAAGCCCAGACCACCAGUGGCAGCUAAGCCAGCGCUACCCAGAAAGCCAGCUGUGCCCCCCAAAGCGGGCCUGCCUGAGGCUGUGGCGGAGCAGCAGAAGCAGCAGCAGCAGAUUCAAGCCAUGGACGAGAUGGACAUCUUACAGUAUAUCCGGGACCAUGAUGCACCUGGCCAGGCCACCCCCAGCCUCUUCUGACCCUCCCACCCCUGGGCUGGCAGAGCCUCUCCCCUGCAGGGAUGUGGUGAGGUGGGCACAUGCCCUGCUGGGGUGGGACCUGUAUUCCCAAGGGAGGGGGGUGGCCGCCCAGGUCACAGGACCCCUGUACUACUACCUUGUUCCUUUUUUGUUUUGUCUGGAGUGUCAGAGAACCCUGUGGGGCACAGAGAGAGAGGUCACCAUAGGAAUUGGAGCCCAAAUUGUCUCAGCCAUGUGGCUGUGGAGGGAGAGCUAACCAGCUCAGCCCCCAGGAUGAAGGGAGACCAGAGGGGCUCCAGGAAACUGUAUCUACUGCAUAGUAGGGAGGGUCUGCCCAGCCUGGGGGGAGGGGGUGGAGUCCCUGUGAUGUAUGGCUCCUGGGGACCUGUAGGCUCUGAGAAGGUCCCCAGGGGAUGGGUGCUGAGUGGGUGCCUGGGAGAGCUCUUGGUUGGGCAGGGUGUCCCCAACCCUGGGCUGGCUCUGGUCACCAGGUGCUAAUAAGCAGCAUGGAAACUUCCCAUGUUUCCAACUUGAGGGAGACCUGAAGCCCAGCCCUGCCUCUCAAGCCUGACAAGCCGCUGGUCUCCCUCCCUCCUCCUUUCCCAGGGAAGGCCUAGCCACACAUUGGCCUUUUUGGGCCUCUGGCCCCAUGGCCAGUAUCCAGCUUUGCAGCUCUGAGCAGAAUGGUCAUAGCAUCCUCUAGCGCUCUGCCUGGGCCUCCAGCUGGGGUGUUCUACUCCCAGUGGGCCUCGGCAGGACGCUCUUGGCUGCCACUUCGAGCACUCUGUCCAGUGGCACAUGCGGCCAGGCCUCCCCUGUCCCCCAGAUCUGGACAUGCUCACUGGCCUUUCAGCAGUCGGGGCCGCCUUUCCAGGGAGAAGGAGCCCUGUGCCGGAGCAGGGCCAGUGCCUUAGACUUCUCCUGGAUGCCCCACACCCCGGCACGCGGGUCUGCGCAUGGCACAGCGCUCAGGAAAUUCUCAGUGAAUGAUCUUUAAUAGAGCAAAGAAUCUCUUUUUUGAUAUAUUCUUUGUGUCCAGAACUAGUUUUUAACGAAACACAGUUUUUAAUGAAACACAACCACUGUUGUUCCUUGGCUUUUCCUGCUUGACAGAGACAUUGGAAGGGGGUUUGGGGCUAGGCCCCCAGACGCUUUCCUGAUCAGGGCCAACAGCCAGCCCUGAGGGAGGCCCCCUGGCCAAGCUGGAUUCUUGCCGCCUUCAGAGUCUCUAGAACCCUGCUUCUGUGCUGUGCCUGGUCCUGCGGGGUGGGGGGGGUGGGGGGGCGAGGGGGGGGAGGGAGGGAUCACUCCCUCUGCCCUGUGCUGUGUCUCAUGUACCCUGGCACCCUCGUCAGCUGUCCAGUCUGAGAAGACUGCCCUUCUCCAGCCUGGGCCAGAGCUACAGGAAAUCGGCACUUGUGAGGUCUGAGAGCUGAAUGCCUUCUCCUCUGGCCUCACCCGGCCUCCAAGGCCGCUCUCUCCAGGGCCCGGAACUGGCCCCGAUGGCUGCACUUCCCUUUCACUGCCAGACCUCCACGUCCCCACCCCGGAAGGCCUCGGAGAGAGUGAGUGCCGACGUGAGGGCUGCCUCUCUGUUCCCUCUCCUGUGCCAGCUCCCCACUCACCACCGCCCACCAGCUGUGGCAUAGGGGCAGAGGGCUCAGCUGGCAGGUGCCUGGAGCCCUUGGGGGCUGACCCGCUGGAAAGGGUCACAGAUGGAACCUGCCAUUGUGGUAUGGGUGGUGUGGGUUCAUCCACUGUGUCUGGUGCUGCCUAGACACUUAUGAAGAUGUGCACGUCCCCCGUAAUGAUGCUCAAACUGUGGCUGGUUCUCCACCAUGGGUCUGUGACCUACUGGUGAAUUGAUGACACCCAGUAAUCCAAUAAAGUUCAUGUCAGUGACUCA